ACUGCGCACGCGCGGCGUCGGCUUGGUCCCAGGUGGAGCUGCUUUAGCCGAGCUGGCGCCGCCCUGAGCCUCCGAGAUGAGCGCGGCCGAGGCCGACCGCUGGGCUUGGCUGCUGGUGCUCAGCUUCGUGUUUGGGUGCAAUGUACUCAGGAUCCUCCUCCCGUCCUUCUCCUCCUUCAUGUCCAGGGUGCUGCAGAAGGACGUGGAGCGGGAAUCACAGAUGCGAGCAGAGAUCCAGGGUAUGAGGCAGGAGCUCUCCACAGUCAACAUGAUGGACGAGUUUGCCAGAUACGCCAGGCUGGAGAGGAAGAUCAACAAGAUGACUGAUAAGCUCAAAACUCACGUGAAAGCACGGACAGCUCAGUUGGCCAAGAUAAAAUGGGUUAUAAGUGUUGCUUUCUACAUAUUGCAAGCCGCCCUGAUGGUCACACUCAUCUGGACGUACUACUCCGUCCCUGUGGCCGUGGUGCCGAGCAGGUGGAUAACUCCGCUAGACCGCCUGGUCGCGUUUCCCACUGGAGUAGCAGGUGGUGUUGGAAUUACCUGUUGGAUUUUAGUCUGUAACAAAGUUGUGGCCAUUGUGCUUCACCCUUUCAGCUGAAAAAGAAGAUGAAUUUGGCUGCAGCACUUUCAAAAACGAAUUUUCACUUAGGAGAUCACAAAUCUGAUUUAUACUGUUUUAUUGGUUUUUGUUCUGUUUUUAUUUUUGUUUGCUUGUUUUUUUAAAAAAGGAAACACAAGC